AUGGCCGAAAACGAGAUUAUUCAUUCAUCGAGGAUGGCACGACCCGACCAUCCAACGAAAGUUGUUCGGUCAACCAUUUACGAUCGAGCUGUAGCGAAAGCUGCUCGGCCUCCUGUAGUCAAAUCUCCUACGUCUGGCUCUUUUGCAGCCAAAUGCCCCACAUCUGGCCCUCAUGUCGCCAACUCUCCUCCGUCUAGCACUUCCAUGCGUAACUCAAUUAUGUCUAGUCCUCGCACGGCUAAAUCUUCUGCGUCGACGCCCCCUUCAGCCACACCUCCUCAAGGAUGCGAUCACCAUGGGAGACCGACUUCCCCGCCAAAACAGAUCCCACGACCUCAAUUGACCCUGGCUCAAUACCUGGGACAUGAGACACCUCCAGACAGUCUUGAUAGCAAUGCUAGCGAGACUUCCUAUGUCACCUACAAACCAACUACGGAGGAAAGGGUGGCCAGAAUGAACAGCGACGAACAACAGCAACGAGCGAGCCGUUCGACCAUGACAUCGGCGCCACCCAGCUUUACCACUCGGGAUACAAAGAGAGGAUCAUCGGAGAUCGAUGAAACUGUAGACAUGUCGUACUUCGACACGGAGGCGGCUCUAAAUGCGUGGACAGAACACGUAUUCGCGAUCGAUCAACGAAAAGUGGAACUCAACUCAAACGUGCUUUUACAGAUCGAGGGCUACCGGGACCAUAAACAGGCGAAAAGGCCUCGAUACGAGGCACCCAUUUUCGCGUCUCGCGGAGCAAACAUUCCCGCUGCUAAAGAGUCACCAGUGGAUAGCAAAGCUGGAAUGAGUUUCUCGAAGGCUUGUGGCAGCCAACGGAGCGGAAGUCAACGGAGCGGAAGUUAA